CGUUGAAGCCUUUAAAUAUUCCAAGUUGGCGGCUAUUUUAAUAUAUAUAUGUAUGUAUCAAUGUGUCCAUACUCUUCCUAAUCUCCAUUCAAUCAGAUUUCUCAUUUGCUUCUGAAUCCUGUUAGGUUAUGGAUACCUUUCUGGAUGAAUUUCCAAGUCCCAUGAACAACUUCGUGUUCGAGCAAGCCCCCGUUCCGGCCUACUCGAAUCCCAAUCUUGUUCAUGAGUUUGAAGCCAACCAUGAUUUCACUGAUCCUAGUUUCUUCCUUGUCAAUCCCGACCCUGUUAGUGAUUUAUCUUCGUCGCCGGGCGUGAGCUCGGAGGUGGAUUCUCCGGACAGCGGUGACACAUCCAAUGAAAUUCUCAGGUACAUAAGUCAGAUGCUUAUGGAGGAAGAGGAAUACUUGGAGAACAAGCCUUGCAUGCUGCACGAAUGUUUGGCCCUCCAAGCUGCUGAAAAAUCACUGCAUGAUGUGCUUGUUCAGGAGCAGAAUCCCUUCUCAACUGAUCCACUUCUUGAUUCCGUGUAUCGAUAUGUUGAGAGCCCGAACCCAGGCAGUAAUCACAGCAGUUCUGGCUCUGUUGCUUCUGCAAACUGGGUUGGAUCGGAUUGGGAUUGUGUUCAAGAUGUUUCCAAGUUCUCUCCUGCCCAAAUUCCAAACCCUUUGGUUUCGAGCGGCGAGGGUGAAAUCGCGCAUCUGGAACACAACUCAUCGCUUGUUAUGGCGCCGAGGGAGCUGCAGGUUAAGGAUGUGAGUAACUCUCCGAAUGGAUCAAGGAACAAGAAGAAUCGCCAGAGGGAAGACGGGGAUUCUGUAGAUGACGGGAGGAGCAACAAGCUUUCAGCGGUUUAUGCUGACGAAGUUGAACUACCGGAGCUGCUUGAUAAGGUACUGCUCUGUGAGAAUGACAAACAAGAGUCCAACUCAUGUUCUCCCCAGGAAAGCAAGAAGUUGCAGCUCAACGGGAAGUCGAGAGGAUCGAAGGGCAAGAAAACACGCAAGAAAAAGCCAGACGACAAUGCAGGGAUGGUUGAUUUAUGGUCGAUGCUGACUCAAUGUGCACAAGCUGUUGCAAGCUAUGACAGAAGGAAUGCAGAUGAACUACUCAAGCAGAUAAGGCUCAACUCUUCUCCCUCCGGCGAUGGCACACAGAGAUUAGCUCAUUACUUGGCAGAUGGCCUCGAACUGCGCUUGGGUUCUGGCGUUCCCUCGUACACUUCCCUUCCCAACAGUAUGUCAGCUGCUGAUCUCUUAAAAGCUUACCAGACUUACAUCAAGGCUUGCCCCUUCCACAAGAUGUCGAAUUUAUAUGCUAACAAAACGAUUCUGAAACUAGCGGAGAAAGCGACAAGGCUUCACAUCAUUGAUUUCGGUGUCCUCUAUGGCUUCCAAUGGCCUUGCCUCAUCAAAGGCCUCUCCAAGAGACCUGGCGGACCUCCCAUGCUUCGUAUUACUGGAGUUGAGUUUCCCCAACCAGGUUUUCGGCCUUCGGAAAGGGUUGAACAGACGGGGCGCCGCCUAGAGAAUUACUGCAGGAGGUUCAAUGUCCAGUUCGAGUACACUGCCAUAGCAAAUAAUUGGGAAACAAUUCGGUAUGAGGAUAUCAAAACCGACAGAGAUGAGUUAACCGUAGUCAACUGCUUGUACCGGCUAAAGAACCUACCCGAUGAAACAGUGACAGACUGUCCGAGGGAUACAGUUCUGAAGCUGAUCCGGGAAAUUAACCCGGAUCUAUUCAUCCACGGGGUAGUCAAUGGAACCUACAAUGCACCCUUCUUCGACACACGCUUCCGGGAGACGCUCUUCCAUUUCUCUUCCCUGUUCGACAUGUUCGAGGAGACACUGCCGCGAGAAGAUCAACAUAGGCUGCUAUAUGAAAGAGAAGUAUAUGGUAGAGAUGCUAUCAAUGUGAUAGCAUGUGAGGGUUCAAGGAGGGUCGAAAGGCCGGAGACGUACAAGCAGUGGCAGAUUAGAAACAAGAGAGCUGGGUUCAGGCAGUUACCGUCGGACCAGGAGAUCUUGAAGUUAGUCAGGAGUAUGGUGAAGAGAGAUUACCAUAAGGAUUUCAUCGUCGACGAAGAUGGCAUGUGGGUGUUGCAGGGAUGGAAGGGCAGGAUAGUCCAUGCUAUUUCGUACUGGAAACCUGUUUGAGAGUAACAAGGGCACCUGUUGGCUUCUUGUGCAUCAAAUGGAAGGCAACGCCGGAAAUGUGUUUCGCACUAGCAUCCCGCUCGAUUUCUGCUGGUUUUCGGACUUCCGGAGAGUAGUUUUAUGGGCUUAGAUUAGCUAGUGCUGCUUAGAACUUAUGAGCAUGAUAUGUAGUUAUAACUUAUGUGCUAGUUAGUAUAGUGGCUAAGGUUAGCUAUCCCCUCUCUUACAAUCUGAUUUGGGUGUACUAAUAGUCCGGUUUAAUGAAAGUUCUAUCUUUAUGUUUCGAAGACC